CAAUAAAAUUAGCGACUAUAACAGACAUAGUUAGACAGUGACUAUAAAAGAUGUAGAAAUUAAAACUGCAUAUAUGAAGAGAUUUGAAUUGGUUAUUACAAUAAAUGUAGAUUGAAAUUAAAAUUGCGAGAAAAAGCAUAAAACUGGAUGAGAGCUGGCACUGAGUGUUAGAAAUGCGGGACACUUUCGGUGCAACGUGGCAAACGCGGACGUAUUAAUGUUCUUUUUCCUCUCAGCUGGAGUGUAUGCAACUCCUUUCUCUCACUCAUUCACCCCCUUAACCACUCUCAACAUGCACUUCAAUGGAAGUUAGUCAUAAAAGUUGAUAUCGCUUGUCAAUCUCCUCUCUCUGUGACAAUGCAUAAUAAAUUCCUCACCGCCCCCUUCCCCUGCUCUCUGUGAGCAAGUGAGUCAGCACAGAUGACAAGGUAUACCGAGGGGUUCAUUAUCUCCCUCUUAUUAAAGUUGCAUGUAGAGUGCACGGCGAUAACCCAGCGUUGUGUCUGAUCAGGUUAAAGCUAGUCAGGAAAUGCGAUCUUUCAAGAUGAGGCAGAGAGAGAUGUACUAUUACAUCUGGGUGAAGACUUCGUGGCAGAAGGGAGGCAAACAGCGGUCGUUGGAAAGCUUGGAAGAGGGGAUGGAGGACUUGAAGGAUGAAGCAGCUGACAAUUCCUGAUCUUUGCCGAACAAGCUACAGCAUCAUGGGAAGGGCACUGGUGUGAGGACACUUUGAGAGGCUGAAUGAGUCACAAAACAAGAGAGUUCAGGGUGCAGCGAAAAAACACUCAUCUCUAUGAUUGCCACAGACUGGCGUUCUCCUGGUGAUCAGUGGGUCCGAACGUCGGAAGGCUGGGAGCGACUUCGACUAUGGAGAAUUAAAGUCUUCGAAAAUCUCAACGAAAAUGUGGUUGCAAGACUAAUCCGGAUGGCUUUAGCAGACUCAGGGCCUCACAGACAAACAAUGGAGAGAAGACAGCCACAUAUAUUUUAUAACAAAGGAACCACAAAAGAGCGUAAAGAGUUGGUUUCUCUCAGUGAGGCACUGUUACGUCUCGAUAUGGCAGGGGCAGUUAAGGAUAUUCGACGUGCAAACUUUGUCUGCAAGCUUUUGCAGUUGAUAUUUGAAGGAAAAUUGGCAAAUCUAAGUGGAACAGCACAAAAGCAUGUCUUUCACAUUUUGGAGGCAACUGUGAAUGAAGCUGUACGAACAGAGAUGAAUUUUGGGCCUGUAAAAAAGUUGAUAAUUCAGGCUGAACAGGCACUAGAGAAUGGAAAGGACUCGCACAUUGGAAGCAACUGUCUGUGGAAUCAGCAUAUCCAGAUGCUCAUAAAGCUGUCCAAUAAACUUGCAGACUACCAGCUUAAAGAGAGGGAAAAAGAUUCUAGGAUCCUGCUUUCGGACUUGCCUCAAGACUGCCUGCGGCAGAUCCUUUUCCAAAUUGCUGAUCAUCGUGAUGUCAUCCAUACUGGCCAGACUGCCCAGACUCUGCACAUUGUGAGCCAAGAAUCCUCCCUCUGGCGCAAUCUAUGCCUGUUCCAUUUCUCAGGUCGUCAGCUGCUCACUUUCUUGCCCAAACAUGUGGACAGUGCUGAGACCUUGGACAAUGUUGACUGGAAGUAUAUUUACAAGAGAUGUUACAAACGUUUUGGGAGGAAGGAGACAUAUGCAGAUCUCUUGGCCAUGUGCAGUCAUUGCUGCAGCAUUUACUGGCAGUCUUUGGGUCACCCCUGUGUUGGAGAGAGCAAUAAGUCUGAAAAGGUGCUCACACCUGAAGAUUUCAUCAGGUUGUUUCCUUUGUAAAGAGUAACCCUGUCAUCUGUUAUUGAUUAAAUCUUGCUGAAAUGAACUCUGUGAAUAACUAUUUCAUUAUUACAUUUCAGUCUGAUGGUAGGGCAAACUGGUUUGUACAAAAAUCUUGGUUAUCAAGACUUAUUUGUUAACUUAUGGUCACCAUUAAUCAUUGAUUACUGGAAGAGUUUGGGUCUGCUGCAUUCCGUAGCAAGGUGGCUCUUUUUGACUGCUUUGAAAAGAAGAUAGUCUUUUGUUGUGAUAGGAAUUUUGAGCAAGAUGCAUGUUCUGUACAGGGGUAUUUUAUGCAGAACAACAGCCAAAUGAUCUGUUUGUAAAUCUCAAAUGUUGCUUAUGGUAAAUAUGUUGUGUAAUCUUGACUAUACAGUGUUUGGUGUGCUGAUAAACACAGCUGUUUUGUGACAAACCAUACUGAAUGCAAAUAUAAUGCAAUUAUUGUUGCACAAUACAUUAUUGUUGCAUUGUCUGUAGUUUUUUUAUACACAAAUUGUGCUUUAUAUUUUUCUCCACCUCCUCACCCCCCUCACCUUCCUACCUUUAAUGUUUUCUCAGUUAUCAUAUUGAAAGAAAUGUUGAAUCUCAAACAAAAAGUGAUCAUGAUAAAGUCAGAGUUUUCUAUAUUUUUUUACUUUUAUAUUUUUUUCGUUUUGAAACAUUCUCCAUCAACAUGUAGGAAGUUGGCGUAAUAUAAAUUACUUCCCAGAUGGAAGUCUGUAAAUGAUAUAAGAAUCACCUUGUUUUUCAAGGUUUACUGCUAAUGUUUGUAGCAACCAUUCAUGAUAUUAUUGAUAUGAGUGUGGUUUGGAAGGCUAUGUAAUAGUUUGGAUGGCAUAAUGUAAGAUGCCUUAGGAGUUAUGUACAGAUCUCAGUUUCCACUGUUUUUUUUUUUAAAUCAUCAAACUGAAACACUAAUCUGGCUUUAAAAAUAUUCUUAUGGGUAUUAACUAGUAUAUAGCAACAACAGUAAGCAGAUAGUUGAUGUAACAAGUUUUCAAACAUCAAAGAGAUAAAAUACUCAUGUUUAGUGUACUUUGGGAAAACUGUUGUCACAUUUAUUAGUGUGAAAGCAGACAUGUAGCUGUAAACUACAUCCUAAGUUCGUUAAUCACAUUCAACAGCUUAUUUAAUCUUGACUACAAAAGUUUAUUGAGCUUUGUCUUUAUGAAUAUAAUGUUCACAUUUUCCUUCUUUAAAUAAUCCUUCACAUAAGAGCAUUACUUUAUAAUUUAAAAGCUUUUUAAACAGUUCAGAUUUAUGCUUAGAAUUUUUAGCCAGUAAAUUUGUUUUCCACCAUCUUGAUUGGCAUUUUCAAUCUAUUUUGUGUGAAACUAAUAUAGUUAUAUUAUUCUUAACACUUAAUUGCAAAAAUUGUAAAUGAGAUUUAGCUCAUCCAGCUACUUUUGUAAAAGAAGUUCUUUUAAAUUGUAACUCUCGUACUUGAUAGCCUUGUUAGAGUAAUGGCUUCCUAACGAGAAGCAGGUUUAUCUGUGUGAUACAGUGUACAUGUAUUUUGCCCAGUUGAUAUGCAACUGUGGACUACCUUAUACAAGUGCUAGCCAAAUGAAUUCAAGCAUACUAUGUCUAAUCAUGUCCUUAACAUGGAGGGUAGGAAACACAGGGUUUCCUUGAUUGAAUUCUUCCUCCUUAAUCACUUUUUUUCCAUAUGCUGUGGAUGUUUAUUGUAAUAUGUGUAUCCAAGAUUGUAGAAGCUACAUGCAUUGUACAUAUGUAGAGGAAAAUGGAUAUUGUGAUCUUACAAACAAGCUUUAUGUUCAUGCUUGUGUUAGAAGUAAUCUCAGAGCAUUUGCAAUCAAAAGUGCACUUUUACUUUUUUGAUGUGUAGUCUAAUAAUCCCAAAUUCUCAAGAUUUCUUUCCAGCAUCUUGUGCCAAGAAUGCUUUCCUUUUUUAACAAAUACUUUGUGAUCUGUGUUAUUUAUUUGCUGGCAUUUUUCCUCAGUAAAAUGAUGUGAUAAAGGGUAUUUCAUGAGGUGCUGUUUGUACUGAAAGGUUGCAUAAGUUUUUGUUGUGGAGAAUGGGAAUGAAAACAUUUAAGUUGGCAAUUUUUCUGUGCGAGCCACAUGUUUAAGAAAAAAGGAACUAUAUAUUUUGCUAUUGGAAAACCAUUAAAAUAUAAAGUUUAAAAAAGAAAAUCUGUGAUAAAGCAGUUAAUUUAAAAUAAAAAGAUUGGCAAAAGCUUGUGCUUCUUCUGCUGAAGUUUGUUGUAUUUUUGAAACUGUAAUCAUUAAUGAUUUUCUUUUUGGAGCUAAUAAAGAGAACCAAAAUUUGAUAUCUUCGUACGGGUUAUAAACCAUUAAGUUUUAGACCACCAAAACAUUAUUCCAAUUGUAUUGGCCUCUUUAUUUAUGGUGGGCUUUGGAGUGUGGAGGCCUUGUGCUUGCUUAUACUUUUUAUUAAGAGGUAUCGAGUCCAUUUUCUUGCAUUUGUGGUGAGGAUUUAAAUGUCUGGUGAUGAGCUAACAGUUGAAAGAUGCAAUUUAAUUCCCUUGCUUUGUUGCCUUUUGUGUUCUUUAAAAAUUAAACUGAAUAUUAAUGUCAAA